AUGGCGCGCAUCCGCUCUCUCGCCAAGGAGUUGUACCAGCUGGAGCUUCAGAGGCAGGCUGCCUCACCACCUUCUCCUCCUGCGGCUUCCGGCGAGCGUGCUUUCGAUAGCACAGCACCCGCGAUCACGUCUAGCAUGAAGUGGGAGACCUCCUCCUUCACGUCCAGCCCUCGCGAUGAUGACAUUCUGGCGAGCGCAGCACAUGCCUCGCCAACCGCAGAGAGAGAGGAGGCGCGAUCCUCAUCGCCAUCCUUCCCAUCUUCUAACUCCGGGGUUGCAGCAGAGUUGCAGUCGACCUCGACAUCACAGCUCCUACAGAUUCCUCCUCCUUCCUCUCGGGAUGGCGCACAUAACCGCAGCAGACACGGCCUCUUCGCACUCGGCGGCAGCCGCUUUGAUAUUCUCAUGGGAGGAAGCCACGCCGACGGUGGCGCCUGUCGAAAGUCGCAGGUGCGCAAGGCCACAAAGGCGUGCACGAGCGGCGGAGGUAAAAGUGGAGCUUCAACAGCGGAGGUGACGCAGCAGCAGCAGCCGCAGCCGUGUAGUGCUGCCGAGGAAAGUUCUCUCCUUGAGAGUGGCGAAGGCGGGGCGGUGGUGGCUAACCCCGCGCCGCCUCUUGGUACGCCCUGCGGCAUUCCGGCUCGCCCACCAUUCAAACGCCUCCUUGCCCAGCCGUUCAGCCACGUGCUCGUGUGCGACUUUGAGGCCACUUGCGCGAGUGGCAGUGUUCACUACCCACAUGAGAUCAUUGAGUUUCCUGUCGUGGUGCUGGACACGGCAACGCUGCGCAUUGUGGCGGAGUUCCAUCGGUAUGUACGACCACUUCGAAAUCCAAAGCUGACAGCAUUUUGCACAGAGCUGACGGGUAUCACGCAGGAGAUGGUGGAUCUGGCGGACCCGUUGCCCAUGGUUGUCGCGCAGUUCCAGGACUGGCUGAGGACGGAGGUGUACCCGCUCUGCCGAAUGUGGGCGCGGCACUACGGCCCCAACCACCUCUCUCACAACCUCAAGUCGGAGCAGCGCCGCUUCGUCUACGACGAGCUCACAGACGCGGCAAAGGCCAAUGUGUCUGCGGAGGCCAUGCUCUGCAUGGCUACCGACGGGCCCUGGGACAUGCGCCGUUUCAUGCAUGAGUGCAGCGUUCUGCGCGACGGCGUCGACUUCCCGCCAGUGUGCUACCGCUACAUCAACAUCCGGCACAGCUACAGCCAUCACUUCAAGUGCCGGCAGGUGAGACUCACGCACAUGCUGAAGCAGAUGAGCAUGUCGUUUGAGGGGCGGAGGCACAGCGGCAUCGACGACACACGCAACAUCGCACGUGUCCUGGCGGAGCUCUUUGCGCGUGGCUACCGCGUACACCACGUGAGCACCAUCAAGUACGCCCACCGCGGCGACAGCUUUUUGGUGAGCAACCAGGCCGCACAGGAGCUUCUGUCCGAGUAUGGCGAGAUGGACGAGACCCACGUGAGCAAACGCACGAAUGCACGCAGGGGCGUCGGACGACAGCAAGGCAGGAGGAGGGUGUGA